AUGUCUGAUGACUCUUUCUGUUUCCAAGUUACAGGUGAUGUGAUGAGAACAAAUUUCAUUUUAAGAUUCAAGAAAUUUCUCUUUUUGGCAGUUCUAAAAAUCUGUAGCAUAGAAAUUACUUUUGAAGAUCAUAAGCCAGAUUUUAAGACAUUCAAAUUGAAACGUGGAAGCGAAGACAAGCUAACAAGAGAAAGUCAACUUGUUCAUCGUGGCGAUGAAAGAUGCACUGUUGAGCUGAAUCGUUUAAGUAAAAGCUGUGAUGAACUCAUAAUUGGUCAUCAAAUGUCUUCAAGUUUCUCGAAUGAUGCUCAAUUAUUCAAAAGAUAUGAUCAGCAGACAACUCGAAGCACAUUAAUCCCGCAUAAUCUUACAAGUGCUGUUCUUGUAAUUACAUUUUGUGGUAUUCUUACAAUUCAUUCAGAACAACAGUCAAUAAUUUUACGAUUCAGCCCGCAUACUUGUCAACUUCCACGACAGCACUCAGCAAAUAUUGAGUUUAAAUACAUUCAGCAUGUGGCACACACAUCAGACAUCCUCUGGUUGGAACCACUUGUUGUCUCCAACAUGGGUGUCGUAAUAUCAGGAAUGGUUUUUGUUUACGAUUUCAACGAACUGAGAUAA